GGGACGCGGCAGAAGCAGCUCGCCUGUCCUUUGUGCUCGGGUGGCGGCGAGCUCACAGGCCUCCGCCGGCAGUCCCUCCCGCCGGUCAGUCACGCGCUUUCCAGUGACCCACCAUGUCGGCGGGAGCGGGCGUGGAGGCAGGCUUCUCGAGCGAGGAGCUGCUGUCACUCCGCUUCCCGCUGCACCGCGCCUGCCGCGACGGGGACCUGGUCGCACUCUGCUCGCUGCUGCCGCACACGCCGCGCGCUCACCUGGCCGCCGAGGACUCCUUCUACGGCUGGACGCCCGUGCACUGGGCCGCGCACUUCGGCAAGUUGGAGUGCUUAAUCCAGUUGGUAAGAGCAGGAGCCUCACUGAAUGUAUCAACCACCCGCUAUGCCCAGACCCCAGCCCACAUUGCUGCUUUUGGAGGCCAUCCUCAGUGCCUGGUCUGGCUGAUUCAAGCUGGGGCCAACAUUAACAAACCGGACUGUGAGGGGGAAACUCCCAUUCACAAGGCGGCCCGCUCGGGGAGCCUGGAGUGCAUCAGUGCCCUGGUAGGGAACGGGGCUCACGCCGACCUGAGAAAUGCCAGCGGCCUGACGCCAGCAGACAUUGCACAAACCCAAGGUUUCCAAGAGUGCACCCAGUUUCUCUUGAGCCUCCAGAGCCAUCAAAUGAGCCGUUACUGCCCUAAUGGCGCCUUGAGUGGAGGUCAUGAGAGCAUACUUCCCAAUCACAUUAGCCUGGGAACAAACCGAAAGAGAUGCUUGGAAGACUCAGAAUCUUUGGGAGUGAAGAAAGCUAGAACUGGAGUUGCAAGCCUGGAUCACAGCAUGCCACUAGCGAAUGGUGAGGCUGAAGACGACGCUGACAGAAUGCAUGUUGACAGGGAGUUUGCUGCUGUAUCAGAUGUGAGAAACGGUAGCUCCGUGUUGAAUACAUUGACAAACGGAAGUGUCAUCAAUGGACAUUUGGACUUCCCCUGCGUGGCCCAACUCAAUGGGAUGGAGAGCAGGAGUAACCCGUGCUUAACAGGAUCUAAUGGACUUAGCAAUGGACAGCCAUUUCCCAGUGGCCAGGGUUCUGUCUCUGCGAAUGGGACUGAGGAGCCAGAAAAGACCACAGGCGUUAACCCUGAGAUGUGUGGGUCUCUGCAUCUGAAUGGGAGCCCAAGUAGCUGUGUGGCCAGCAGGCCGUCCUGGGUGGGGGACGUUGGGGAGAGCUUGCACUAUGGACACUACCAUGGCUUCGGGGACACUGCCGAGAGCAUCCCUGAGCUGAGCAGCGUGCUUGAGCACUCAAGCUGUGUGCGGGUGGAGCAGCGCUACGACAGUGCUGUCCUGGGCACCAUGCAGCUGCACCAUGGCUCCUGAGCCCAGGGGACCCCAGCUCCACUGCAGCUUGACGGAGCUGCACAGCCUGUGCUGUUGGUGCCUCAGCUUUCUGGGGAGGUACUUGGGUUCGUUCACACGGUUCCUCAUGAGUGCUGCUGUGCAGAGGGCCUUCCAGUGCACAGCCGUCCUCAUAGGGUGGCAGCUCUCCUGCAAGAUGCACUCUGGAGCUUUCUCCUGUUUGACACCAGCCUCUUUUUUUUUUCUUUGUCAUGAGACAUUGCCGUCUUUCUGUGAAUUCUGUUUGCGCAGAACGGUUUCCUUAGUAAAUGAGGGUACUGGUGACACGUGGGCAUCAUUUCAAACUGUUCACCUUUCCUGUUUGCUGUAGUGCUCAUGGCAACACCGCUGUUUCCUGUGCAAGGAGCGCCCUUCCAGCAGCGUCCUGCAGCGACACUGCUGCAGGCGCAUUGGGUGGUCGGGGAGAUCGUCCCUUCCCUGUGCUCGCACUGCCUGUGUUUCCUUAGAAGCAAGCUCUGCCCAAGAUGGAUUAGGGUUUGUUGUGUUUUUACUCCACAUUUCUACUUGGUCUCUAGACUUUUUACCACAGACAAUGGUUUUCUUUAUAUAUAGUGGAAGUUGCUGUUUGUAGGAACUGUCGGGUCAGAAUAUUUUAUUAUGGUGACCUAUUUUUUUGUUACUGUUUUUUGAGGUUUUCUGCUUAAAUAUGUAUGCCACUAUAUAUCCAGUUAACUGAGAGAACUUUAGAUUUCUCUUAUUAAAAUGCAUUAAAUUUAUGGUUUUAUAGAGAUUAGCUUUUGUUUAGGCAACUAGUGAUUACACUGCAAAUACCGCAAUGACUUCUGGUUUUUGUAAUAACAAUUGGUGCAAAUAAACUGUGAGAUGAAGAAGCCAAUGUUUUAAGAGUGUACUAGCAUUUUUGUUUUUAAACUGUUCUUUACGAAUUGAAUUAAAAAAAAAAACCUCACUGCUGA